AUGUCCUUGGUGGAUGCGGGAGCGGUGGGGACGGCAUUCAAUGAAGACUAUAUGAUGGAUAUGCUUGUACCACAUCUGCUUUCUGGUUUUGCCUGCAUGGAUUUCCUGUCCCAUCUCCCAUGCGACCUUGCCAUCAUUAGGGGUAAGAUCGGAUGCAGGCCUGGGGCGUUUCUGUUCUACUUCGGAUGCCGAUACCUAAGUGUCCUGUCCAUACUUUCCCUGCUUGCGUAUUACGAUGCGUAUAGAGUCAUGCGCAUGGAGACACUCAGCUAUAUCUGUCAGGUUGCGUCUUCCCUCUCUCUAGGGUUUGCCUUCAGUAUCAUCACAACCCGAAUAUGCGCCCUGUACAAGAAUACGUAUCUCAGCCUUGCUCUGCAGUUGGUCACCCUGGUGUUCUGGGGGUUUAUGUUCUACGGUCUGCAAGAUUUCGAUAUCGUCGUGGUCCCAGAGCGUCAUGUUGGCGCUCGCGUCACCACCUGCGUGCUCAUGAUCUCUCUCUCGACAUGCGGGGUUGUACUCGCUCUGACGUACGUCUUCGUCGUAGCCAGGCGUGAGCACAGUUUUAGGAUCCACGACUGCUUCAAGAUGCUGUACGAAGCAGAUGUUCUGGAGUUCUUGACCAUUUGGGUAGUCGUAUUGCCUGGCAAUAUCCUCUCCAUCUUGGACGCAUCUCAGUCUAGUGAGUCACCGCACGUCCCCGAGAGUACUGGGCUAAAACACAAUCUACCAGCACGGCCUCACUUUAUCCUCAGUUAUAGUGCUUGUAAUACCAUCACAGCUGCCCGAAUAUAUCGCAAGAUGAUCUACCGCCUUCAGGUAUGUCCUCGUAGGGACGUGCCACUGAGUUUUUAUGACUGGUUCAAGUGGGGCGCGCUCGGGCUGGCCGGCAGAUUCAGGAUGCAUAUUCACCCUCGUACGCUACUGGGCCCUCAUCAAUCCCACGAACUGAAUGAUCACCCUCAAUCCUCGCGGCGGGGCUCGACGUCCCUGCAUGUGUCAGUUUCCGGACACCGUCCUGCAGGGACGCCAGGGUCUGGUAAUCGCGCAUGCGCCCCUGCCAACUCGCGCACGACCUACGCCCAAUCCUCUCUAUAUGACUCCCGAAUAAGCUGA